AUGAUGGGCGGAUUCUGCUGUGUCCAGUUUAUUACCAUUUCGCUCGCGCUGACGAUCACGUGUAUGGUCAAUUCGACGGCUAUUGCCCAGCUGCAACAACCCGAUAGAUUUCAGGGUCCUAUCCUGACCACGCUGAACGUGUCGUCGUCGUCGGCGGCGAACCCGGAGCAGAAAUGUGCGGCCGAGGACAGUGGACAACCCGUCAUUAACGAUUACGGCGGAUCCCUGAUCUGGGAUCACAAAACGCAGCAUUUGCUCUUCAAGGGCACAUUUUUGGGGGCGCUUCUCACGGCUCUACCCGCUAUUAUUGUUCUCCAGAGGGUGUCGAUACGUCUAAUCGUCGUCCUCUCAAUCGCGCUUUAUUCUCUGUGUGCUGUUGUUGUUCCAUAUCUGGCAGAGAAUCAUGGUGUUUAUGCUGUCUUUGCCAGUCGAUUGGCCAUGGGACUGGCUGAGAGUUUCGCCCAUCCCUCGUUCAAUACAUUGAUCUCAAACUGGUUCCCAAUCACCGAGAGGAGCACGGCUAUCGCCCUUUAUACUACAGGCAAUCAACUUGCAACGGCUGGCGGGAAUCCGCUUUGCGCGUGGUUUUGCAGCAGCCCAUUUGGAUGGCAGGGCGUAUUCUAUCUUUCUGGUAUUGUUGGUCUAUUGUGGUGUGGAAUCUGGAUGGCUUUCUCCGCGAAUCAACCCUCAAAAUGUCGAGUGAUGACGGAAAGGGAAAGAAAAUAUCUCGCUUACCAUUGUAUUACCCGGGCCCAUAGUAAGACAGGGGAUGCCCCUCCGUACAUGGCCAUCCUGAAAUCGGGUCCAUUCCUCGCCCAGCUGCAGGCCCAUUUCUUCGUCUCGAUGGUCGCCUCAAUGUUGCAGCUCUAUUUGCCCUCAUUCUUCAAGGAAGUCCUCCAAUUGGGCAUUAUGAAGAACGGCAUCUACACGGCCAUCCCCAACGUGGCAAUGUUUGCGUGGAAACUGUUGUGGUCGAUGGCCAUGGACUGGUGCAAAGCCCGGCACAUCCUGACGCCGACGCAGGCCGUCAAACUGUCGCAGGCUUUGGGUUGCGCGGGUAUCGGCGCGACGAUGAUCUGCAUCGCCUAUUUUGCGGAUUGUUCAUCUCCACUUCUCGUACUCACCCUUGUCACCCUCACCUGGUGCUCCAUGGGAUUCUCUGUCAGCGGUUUUGUAACAUCAAUGCUAUCAAUUGGCCCCCGUUACACGGCCACCAUCACGGCAAUCUCCACAUUCACAGCCCUUCUCGGUCGUCUUUGCGCUCCACUUGGCGUCGGAUUCAUCAAAAAGACGGGCUCACGCGCUGAAUGGCAGACGAUAUUCCUGAUUGGCGGAUGCUGCAUCGUCUUCUCCGGCGUCUUGUUCUUGAUUUUCGGCUCGGCCGAUGUCCAACCCUGGGCGAAAGAAGCUGAACCAUCAAAUGAAGAAGACAAAGAAGAGCGAGAAUGGGAACAGGAAAUGUUGGUACGAGAGAGGAGACACACCGCUUCUAUCUCCAUUCAA